CCAGUGACGUUGCCGCGGUCCCGCGGUGAAAGCGGGUGAGCUGCUCGGGUCCUGGCAGUAAAAGCCUGCGAAUGACUGAGCAGCAGCAGCAGCAGCAAUAAUAAUAAUAGCGGCAGGCGCGGGAGCAGCAGCAGCAGUAGCAGUAUCAGGAGCAGGCGCCGACGAGGAGGCGCCGCAUCCCUUUCCUUCCCUUGCCGCCGGAGCCCAGAGAGAGAGAGGGCGGAGGGAGCCCCUGGGCUGGGUCGGAGAAGCCUUGUGCCGCCGCCAGAGAGGAUGAGGCGGUGCUGGGAGUGGGCGCUGCUUUGGCUGGGGGUCGGCAGCCUCCUCGCCCUCAAAGUGAACAAGCACAAGCCAUGGAUUGAAACGUCUUAUCAUGGAGUUAUUACUGAAAACAAUGACACCGUAAUUCUGGAUCCACCACUGGUUGCUUUGGAUAAAGAUGCCCCAGUUCCAUAUGCUGGUGAAAUUUGUGCUUUUAAAAUCCAUGGACAGGAAAUGCCCUUUGAAGCUGUGGUGCUAAACAAGACAUCUGGAGAAGGUCGUCUUCGAGCACGAAGUCCAAUUGACUGUGAACUGCAGAAGGAGUACACAUUCAUCAUCCAGGCAUAUGACUGUGGCGCAGGACCUAGUGGAACAAACUGGAAAAAAUCUCACAAGGCUGUGGUUCAUAUCCAAGUAAAGGAUGUCAAUGAGUUUGCACCUGCUUUUAAAGAAAGAUCUUACAAAGCUACUGUAACAGAAGGAAAAAUCUAUGACAGUGUAUUACAAGUAGAAGCCAUGGAUGAGGAUUGUUCUCCUCAGUACAGUCAAAUAUGCAAUUAUGAAAUUGUCACAACAAACGUUCCAUUUGCCAUUGACAGGAAUGGAAACAUCAGAAACACUGAGAAGCUGAGUUAUGACAAACAGCAUCUAUAUGAGGUAAUGGUAACAGCCUUUGAUUGUGGGCAAAAGCGUGCAACUGAAGAUGUUUUGGUGCGGGUAGAAGUCAAGCCUGUAUGUAAACCUGGAUGGCAAGACUGGAAUAAACGCAUUGAGUACAAGCCAGGUUCUGGGAGUAUACCAUUAUUUCCUAGCAUUCAUCUGGAGACUUGUGAUGGACCCGUUUCUUCUAUCCAAACUACUAUUGAGCUGCAGACAAACUAUAUUGGAAGGGGCUGUGAUCGAGAAACAUACUCUGAAAAAUCACUUCAAAAAUUAUGUGGAGCAUCAUCAGGUGUCAUUGACUUGUUACCAACUCCCAGUGCAGCAACUAACUGGACAGCUGGUCUUCUGAUAGACAGCAAUGACAUGAUUUUUAAAUUCGAUGGAAAACAAGGAGCCAAAAUCCCUGAUGGAAUAGUACCAAAAAAUUUAACUGAUCAAUUUACCAUCACUAUGUGGAUGAAACAUGGUCCAAGUCCAGGUUUAAGAGCAGAGAAAGAAACUAUUUUGUGCAAUUCAGAUAAGACAGAAAUGAAUCGGCACCAUUAUGCACUAUAUGUGCACAAUUGUCGACUUGUAUUUCUGCUGCGAAAGGAUUUUGAUCAAGCUGACACCUUCCGUCCUGCAGAAUUUCAUUGGAAGCUUGACCAGAUUUGCGAUAAAGAAUGGCACUACUAUAUCGUCAACAUUGAGUUUCCAGUAGUUACCUUGUAUAUGGAUGGUACAACAUAUGAACCUUACCUUGUAACUAAUGACUGGCCUAUUCAUCCAUCGCACAUAGCAAUGCAACUGACUGUUGGUGCUUGUUGGCAAGGAGGUGAAGUCACUAAGCCCAGGUUUGCUCAGUAUUUCCAUGGCAGUCUUGCCAGCCUUACCAUCCGUCCAGGAAAAAUUGAGAGCCAGAAAGUGAUAUCCUGUUUGCAGGCCUGCAAAGAAGGUCUGGAUAUUAACUCCCUGGAGAGUCUUGGCCAAGGAAUAAAGCAAUGUAUGGGUGUUUGCCCUCACACAAAUAGGACUAAGUACCAUUUCAAUCCUUCCCAAUCAGUACUUGUUAUAGAAGGAGAUGACAUUGAGAAUAUAAAUCAAGCUCUCCGAAAGGUCUCCUAUAUCAACUCAAGACAGUUUCCAACCUCAGGCAUUCGGCGUCUUAAAGUCUCAUCAAGAGUCCAAUGUUUUGGUGAAGAUGUCUGCAUUAGUAUCCCAGAUAUAGAUGCCUAUGUAAUGGUGUUUCAGGCCAAGGAGCCCAAGAUUACAAUAAGUGGAAUGGAUCAUUUUGCAAGACCAGCUUCAGAGUUUGAACAUGAAAAGGGUGUGACUCUUUUACCAGAUAUCAGAAUUGUCAGCACAGUCACUAAAAUGGAACAUCCUCCUGACUUAAAGGAAACUAUGGAGAGAGUCCAUAAACCAGUUCUGUUAGAAGAGAUGCACCAUAACCUGGAUUUUUGUGACAUUUUGGUAAUUGGGGAAGAACUAAACACUAAGCAAGAAUGUUUAGAAUUGGAUCGGAAGGAACUUCAAGGCAAACACUUAGAUGCUACAAACUCCACAGCGGGAUAUUCAAUAUAUGGUGUGGACACAAUGAAAAACUAUGAACAGGUCUUGCAACAAGUUCGCUAUCGUAACUGGCACACAUCUUCCUUCUUUGAUAGGAAAUUUAGAAUCAAAUGUUCAGAGCUCAAUGGGCGCUAUACCAGCAAUGAAUUUAAUUUAGAGGUUAACAUCCUUCACAAUUCCAACACUAAUAUAAUGGAAUAUGUAAAUCAUAUGAUAAUACAGCCACAGUUUAUCCAGUCUAUCCAUCACCCAGAAGAAAGCAUAAACAGUAUUAAUGGCUCAGCACUUCCAAGUGUGGCUACUAUUGUCAUAGUAACCUGUGUCAGUAUCUUAGUCUUUAUCAUAGUUCUGGGGGUAUAUAGAAUUCGAACAGCUUUCCAUCAUGGCACAAAAGAAAACGAAAGCAAUAAAGAAAAUGAAAUGGAUUGGGAUGAUUCAGCUCUGACCAUCACUGUCAAUCCCAUGGAAAAACAUGAAGAACCUCGCAAUGUGGAAGAAGAAAGUGAGGAGGAGGAAGAGGAAUUAGAAGAUGAUGAAGAAGACACAACUAGUGCAGAGUCAGAUGAGAGUGAGGAGGAAGAGGAAGAGGAAGAAGCCACUGGAAAUAAAGAAAGUAAACGGAAUGUAACCAGGCAAGAUCAGCUGGAGUGGGAUGAUUCAACACUACCCUACUAGAAAUCCUUAGUUCUAUUGAUCCUUUUGUAUACACCAAUACUAUGUAUUUCUGAGUCAAUCCUACUGAGUCAAUCCCAUCUUGGAUCUAUGAAUUAAUUGACAGGAUUAAACUCCCUAUUGACUACAAUAGUAGAACUGCAUUGCCUGAAUAUGAUGUAGUUGUAUCAAAACUGCUCCAGAUUCCUUUCCUAGUGUAUCAGUAAUGGCACCUGGUAAAGCACAGGGUACAACCAUUAAUGUGUCACCAGUAAUAACACCAGCCUGAUGUCAUGUAUUCUUGACCACUUCUCCACUUCCAUGAUAUUCCAUUAUUCUCUAAACAUGAAUAUGCAAAUGGCCUGUUUACUUCAGGAGAAAGUCUGGUUUGCCUUUAAGGAUAUAAUUUCUGAAAGUCCAAUUUUGAUUUGAUUCUCAGUUUAAGAACCUAAUCUUCAGAAGCAGACAAAGAUUUUUGUGCAACUCAUCGCAAGGAGGAAAUUAACUUGUUUCUUUUCCACUUUUCCACUUUGUCUUUAAUUGUCUUUCACAGAAAAAUCCUACUACUUUAAACUGUGUGUUUUUUCUAUGUGUAUGUAGGACUGGAUAAUCUAUUUCCCUUUUAAUAUUGAAGCCUUGAAGGGAAAAAAGUCUUGCCCUGUUCACCUACUGAAACUCAACUAAUGCCAUGUAAAAUCCCAUGAACUGAAACCUUUGCUUGUGAUUAUUUUACUUCAUCCUCUGUCACAUAGAUAAAGCAACUUUAUCUCUAGUGAAAAAUAGGCUUAAGCUGGAAUGGCUAAGACCUAUGCUUCUGAUCUUUGUAGAAAAUCUGAGUAACUUGAAUUGGAAAUCAUUACCUUGUUUGAGUAUCUUAUAGCAGUGGCACUAAUACCAUAGCUGGAAUCAGCUGGGAUUUAGACAAGUACUGUUCUCUCUAAACUUCAAACAACUUCACAAAAGUUUCCUUCUGCAUGUAAGAAAGAUGCCUCAUUUAAUUAUUGCAGUUGAGUAUAUUCAGUUUUCUGCCAAAAAAAAAUGUUUUUAGAGCCAAGAAUAAAUGCUACAGGUGAAAGUCAUUAUGCCACUUUCUUCUAAAACAUAUACUUAAAAAAUAAUAAAAAAGCUUUGCUUGGAUUUUUUUAAAAAAAAAUACCACACAAAUAUAGGAGAUUUUGAAACACACAACUUAAAAGUCAAACCAAGUAAGUGUAGUGUGAAAAAUGUAGUUUAUAAUAGAAAAUAGUUUUGCAUUUCCUCCUAAACAGUGUAUUCUAUAUGUUGAUAAGAUCCUGGCAGGUCUGUGUGGUUUGUUGUAUUAUUUUUCUAAAUAUUUCUAUAGCUCUACAGUUAAAUAAAUGCAAAAUAGUUUAGUACUUGAUGCUGUGCAUGUUUUAAAUACAUAGAAACCAUGUCAUUUGCUGCAGAAGCAUUUUUGUGGUUUGUUAUUUAUGAUUUCAUAUUUCUCCUGAAUAAUUUUUUACUUUGGUUAUUUUUUCUUAUCUAUGUUUUAGAAAUGUGCCAUUUCAUUAUCCUGUGCCAAGGAAAUCUCAUUGUAUUACCAAUCCAAUUACACAGUUGUCUGUGGGUUUGCACGGGAAAAGAUUCCUCUCAUAUAUAUUUCGCAUUAGGCAUGUAUGUUAGUCCUGUUCCAGGCAAUGCGAAGGUGAGUGAACUCUGGAAGCACAGUUAAGACAGUUUACAGUUUAGAGUAUUUGGCUCUGUACGGCUAUUAGGCCUACAAAGAAGGCGAAAACCUAAAGUAAUAACAAAAGAUAAAGCAAAGGUCAAACAGUCCUACCAGUGUUAAACCAGACAAGAAUGAGCCAGAGUCAGAGAGCAAUCCAGAAUCCAAAACCAGUCAAAUUCAAACAACAACUAGACAAAUCCUGCAAGGUCAAAAACAGUCCACGGUCAGGUACUGGCAGAUAAAACCCAAAGACAUACAAGAACAUGUUACAAGAACUAGGGCUUAUUUCACACACUGUGCACAGUAGUUUGACUUAGGCAGAAUUGAGACUUAUGACUGAAUUCCUGAACCUAGAAGUGCCUAAGAAAAUCUCUCUGAGCCUUUGCAUCAUUAGGACAGUUGCUACAUACUUUGAGCAGGAUCAUAUUAGAUGAUUUCUUCUAUGCUACAUGCUGUUCAGUUAAAGCAGACACAAGGCAAAAUAUGUAUAUGUUGGUGAGAGAUUCAUCCUUUUUCUUGAUAACUCAUGUCGUACCAUUUAAUUACUGCUAUAUUAGAAGAUAUCUAUAUUUUAUCUGCACAGUGAGCUAGAAUAUGUUUUGUUUUCUUUUGCAAAUUUCUAUGAAGCCCCUAUAUUAAGAAUGUAAACAUAUUCACAGAUUUUUUUAAAAGAAAAGACACAACAAAGCAUUCCCCAGAGGCCCCUUCCACACAGCUGAAUAAAAUCCCACAUUUUUCUGCUUUGAACUGGGAUAUAUGGAAGUGUGGAUUCAGCUAACUCAAUUCAAAGCAGAUAUUGUGAAAUAUUCUGAGUUAUAUGGCUGUGUGGAAGGGCCCUCAGUUGUUGCAGCUUUCAAUUUGGCUCAUUUUUACAAAAUAAAAAAAAUAGAUUUUGUAUUCAAAAAUGAUGUUUUCUGCAAAAGAAACAUUUUUGCACUAGAUGAUUUACUGUGGAAAAAAUAUCGGUUGUAUAAAAACAGAUUGUGAGGAUUUUGAUGAAAAUAACUAAAUACCUCCUCCAAAGUUUAAUUAGAAAAACAUUUACUUAAAAUUGCACAGAAAUUUGUAAUUUCAAUAAACAGGAAAGAACUUUUGAAAGUA